AUGGCUGACGCGCCAAAUGCGAACGAUGAGCUCUACCCCAUCGCCGUGCUCAUAGAUGAAUUGAAGCACGACGAUGUACUCCUCAGACUGAAUGCCAUCCAUCGCCUCUCCACCAUCGCGCUCGCACUGGGCGCCGAGCGCACCCGCGACGAGCUCAUCCCCUUCCUAGACGAGUCGGUCGAGGAUGAGGACGAGGUCCUCGUGGCUCUCAGCGAAGAGCUGGGCAACUUCAUCGAAUAUGUCGGCGGCCCCCAGUAUGGCCACGUCCUUCUCUCCCCUCUCGAGAACCUCGCAGCGAUCGAAGAGCCUGUCGUCCGAGAUAAGGCUGUCGAGUCCCUCAACAAGAUCUGCAACCAGCUGUCGCCCCAGCAAGUAGAAGAAUACUUCAUCCCACUGACCAUCCGACUCUCCAAGGCAGACUGGUUCACCUCUAAGGUCUCUGGCUGUGGCCUCUACACGAGUCCGUACAAGAAGGUAUCUCCGCCUGUUCAGGAGCAGCUUCGCCAGCAAUUCGGUCUCCUGGUGCACGACGAGACUCCGAUGGUCCGAAGACAAUCUGCCACCAACAUGGCUAAGUUCGUGAAGGAGAUGCCCGCGGCCAUCGUGAUCGAAGAGAUGAUACCCCUCUUCCAACACCUCGCGCAGGAUGACCAGGACAGCGUGCGGUUACUCACCGUAGAAAUCCUCAUCUCUAUCGCCGAAGCGGUGCCUAAGGAGCAACAGGGCAGCCACGGUGUCCUGCUCACGUCGUUACGAAAUUUAAUAGAGGACAAGAGCUGGAGAGUUCGGUACAUGAUCGCCGAUAGGUUUGAGAAGAUUGCCAAGGCCGUCGAUGAGGAGGUCGUUUCUCGAGACCUGGUGCCUGCCUUUGUCAAGAUGCUGAAGGACAACGAGGCUGAAGUCAGAACUGCCAUUGCUGGCCAGAUUCCCGGCUUCUGCAGCCUGGUUGACAGGAACACACUCCUCAACAAUAUGAUGGGUUCGAUCGAGGAUCUGGUCUCCGAUACUUCCCAACACGUCCGUGCCGCUCUCGGCACUCAGAUCAGCGGUCUGGCACCAAUUUUGGGCAAGCAGGAGACUAUUGAUCACCUCCUCCCCAUGUUUCUGCAGAUGCUGAAGGACGAAUUUCCUGAAGUCCGUCUGCAUAUCAUCUCUAAGUUAGAGCUGGUCAACCAAGUCAUCGGCAUCGACUUGCUCUCACAAUCCCUCCUGCCUGCCAUCGUACAGCUCGCGGAGGACAAGCAAUGGAGAGUGAGGCUCGCUAUCAUAGAGUAUAUCCCCCUCCUUGCCAGCCAACUCGGAGUUAGUUUCUUCGACGAGAAGCUGAGUUCGUUGUGCAUGGGGUGGCUCGGGGAUACCGUCUUUUCAAUCCGGGAGGCGGCUACUCAUAACCUAAAGAAGCUCACCGAAGUCUUCGGGGUCGAAUGGGCCAGUGAAGCCAUCAUACCCAAGGUCAUGGCUAUGGGAGCCCACCCCAACUACUUGUACCGGAUGACGACUUGCUUCGCGAUCUCGACUCUGGCCACGGUAGUGAGCCUGGACGUCAUCGGCAAAUCGAUUCUCCCCAUGCUAGAGAAGCUCGUGGAUGACGAGAUCCCUAACAUACGUUUUAAUGUGGCGAAGACAUACGCCGUGCUCAUUGACGUCUUGAAGCGACUCCCGGACGAAGGCACUAUCUACAGUCUGGAGAAGGCGGGAACGACAAAUACCACGGCUUCGCCCCGCGCGACCGAGCUCAUCCAGCAGCGUAUCCUCCCGAGCCUAGAGAAGCUGCAGAAGGACGACGACGUUGAUGUGCGUUACUUCGCUACGACCGCGGUAGCAGGAAUUCACGGGAUGGGCGGGGAUCCUAUGAACACAUCGCCAUAG